GAGAGAAAGAGCAUUGAUUGCAGUAUCAGUAUCGUAAACUUUAGUGUCAUCACCUGCAAGUUCCACUGUGAACAAGAACGAGGACCCCAGAGAGAGUGAAUAAGAAUCACUAUGAAGAAACAACGAACAUUAUGGGGCACCGCAACGUUCUUUUGGGUGUCGUCGACGCCUGCUGCAGGUGCAGCAAUUACCGCUUCACUCCUAGCUUAAGGCUUCCCCUCAUCCAUCCUCGGAAGCAUCCCCAAGGGGCUUUUCUUUCAAAGGAAAAGGCACCCAGGACGCAUGCCAUCUCGAGAUGGAUUAGUGUGAGCUGUAACUAUUGACACGAGGACGUCGUCGAGCUCGAGGAUCAGUCUCGACUGACCCACUCCCUACGGUGACAUGUGCGAUGCCCACUGUUUUUCCGAAGAAUACCGAAGUGCCCAAAGACGAAACCAGGCCGAAAGAGGACUUUCCGAUCGGGUAUGAGCUGCAGCUCCGUUGCGCACCCGGCUUUGUGGCUGACACGGCACCCAUGAUGUUAUGGUCACGUUGGAACGAUGUGUGUGGUAUCGACCUCAUUAUACUAUGUAUACUUCUUACAACUACUAUUCUUAAUACUAGGUAGCGGGGACAAGGACAUUGUUGAGCUUGAGCUACUAGAAUUUGAUCGGCACUGAUGUUGAUUACACCAACUCCUGAUAUCAUGAAUGUCAAAUGUAUGAAUCUUAAGUACCUCAACGUCAAGAACAAGAGGUGCACUUACAAUUGCAUUCCUCUAACGUUAGUGUGUCACAAAGAUGGGUAUUUCGAGACAAAGAUCGACGAAUAUGGUGGCUGUGUGCCUGAACCGAAUUGCCCCGCGCCGCGGCACGAAAACCACAAUGCUGUCUUUGCUGGAAUCACAGACCCUGUGAAGGGUGCACAAUUUAUGGCACGUAGUACGAAAUUGAACUUCGUGUAAGUAGAACAACUAGAUGGAGGUCAUCUGGUGGAAAUUUAAGACCUAACUAAUACACGAUCACGGUGGUGAGAUAAAAGCAUCACGAUUUCGAAAUUAGAGUAUGAAGAAAGCAUCAUUCCCACAACUAAUUCUACCUCCGAACCAUUUCCAUAUUCUACUAGAAGCCUUCAUACUUGACAAAUGCGCUGAGGGAUACUCGCUCGAUGGUCGCGAUGGUGGCGCAUAUGGUGCGGCUGGGAACAUGUAUUUCUGGGUGUCCUGUGAUACAGUGAACGAGCUCUGGAACGACUGGGAAGGAAAGUGCCAAGAUUAUGGUCUGCUGUCUUGUCUAGAGUAGAGAAGUGCGAAUCUUGUGUAGAGAGAUGUUGUAGACAAUGCAAGUGAGAAGUUGCUCGUCGACGAGUUUUCGGCAUGGAUAAGCUUCGUCUAAUAAGGGGUGCAGAUUAAUUCCGCAACCGCUUUUAAAAGCGUUUUCGAAAUCAUCUUUAAAGUGGAUUGCAAAAAUGGCGUCCUGCGACCGUCCCUGGUACCAGAUUCAUACCUUUGUAGAUAUAUAACUAUAACGUCUUCAAUUGUGAUUCUGAUUUCGAUACCUGCAGCUUUGAGUAAGAAUUUGAUUUUAUCCCUUCGUCCACCAGUACAAUGCUUCUUCGGGCCCGGAUUACGCGGAGAAGUUGUGUGCUGGAGUGAGGGAGACCGCGGCAAAAGCGAGGUGCGACACGCUGGCCAGUGGCCUAGAUGGCAAGUUGCGGGCUCAAUGGGAUAGUCGCGAAGGCACGGCUGCGGAAUUCUGCACGAGCAUGUGGUCAGACGUCAUCGCGAAAGGCGAAGAAUGAAAGUGGAGCAAACCCAUGAAGAGGAGAGUAAAACCGAUAAUAAGCAGGCUAGAUCUCUAAGAUCAAUUUUAAGGUUGUCCCCAUUGACGAUGUUAGUUAUAAAUAUUCUUUUUUCCCUUUCUUACACAUUGCAACAAGAACAUAGUAGUUUUUAGGUAGGAGCUAGUGAAUAUUUUUGUAUUCGUGCACAGUGUCAACAUAGAUAACUCGAUAGUUGUUCCAAGUACAACUAACUUACGUAAGUCGCUACUAAGAUUUUUAGAUUUCCAGCAGCAACUUUCCAUAAAUGAUCUUUUGCUUUUUUUCCUUCCACCACCUUCGCGCCUUGCUCAUAGAGGCAAGGGCGAUUUCAUAGCCACAAAGGGAUCUCAAUGUUUAACAAUGAAAUGCAUCCGGACAAUGAACUUCAUGCUCUCGUUGGAUGAUAGAAUCGUUGCUGCAAAAGCUUGCUUGCUCACUAAUAAAUAUGUUGACGAACAACUUGCAAAGGCAAAUAUUUUGCGUCUUCGCAAGAUCAGAGUCAUAAAGUUUCCGCUUGUCGUGGAGCCACUGAUCGAUA